AUGGGAGGCGGGGAGAGAUACAACAUUCCAGCGCCCCAUCCCGAUCACUCGGCCUCCAAAAAGCACCGUCACGUUAGCAAGGCCAAGCCGAGGAGCAGGAACCAGCACACCAGCUCUUUUUCUGUGUCUCCUGGUGCUCCAACCUCUCCUGAGAAACUGGCUGAGAAGGAGAACAGCUCUGUUCGCUUCUCCUACAGCAAUCAGUGCUGGGGAGGAGCCGUGACUCACUUGAACAACAUUCUGGUCACACAGUGCAACCAUGCCUAUGCUGGCGCCAAAUUCAGCGAGCCGCCUUCUCCUAGCGUACUCCCUAAACCUCCUAGUCACUGGGUUUCCCUUCCCAUGAUUCCCUGCGAUCGACGCGAGUUGAUGGCCUUUCAGUUAAAGAGCCUCCUCAAAGUACAAGCGUGA